AUGUGCCAUGACUACAAAACUGUACUCCACAACUUGGACGUCGUCGAAUUCUAUAUCAAUGCCAGAUUGAAGAAGAAGGCUAGUGAAAUUCGUUACAUUGUAAAUGGAACUGAGUUUGUGAUUGUCCAUGGGGAUAUUUGUGCACUCUUUAACUUCCCAGUUAGAGAGGGGGAGGCACCUAACUGUUCCGGCCACGCCUACAACAAGGAGCAGUUAUGGAAUGAAGUGAAAGGUGAACAAGCACUAGAGGUCUUGAAGUUUUCUUUCAAGAAGAACAUGCUCAAGCAAGAUCAGAUUUUAGGACGUGCAAGAUGGGACAUACCCGAGAGCUGCGUUGCCUGUGUUUUCCUGCACCUGACCCCACCGGAGAUCUGCAUUUUGGCUCGGCUCAACCGCGCCUUCCGCGGCGCCGCCUCAUCUGACGCCGUCUGGGAAGCCAAGCUGCCCGCUAACUACCAACAGUUGCUCGACCUUUUGCCUGAAGAUAGAUACCAAGGGCUGUGCAAGAAAGACAUCUUUGCGCUCCUCUCUCGCUCUGUCCCCUUCGAUGACGCCAAUAAGGUAGUAUGGCUGGAUAGGGUUACUGGAAGGAUUUGCAUGUCAAUCUCUGCAAAAGCAAUGACCAUAACAAGGAUUGAAGAUAGGAGAUAUUGGAACUGGCUUCCUACAGAAGAAUCUAGGUUAGACACUUGGGCUUAAUCUACUUUGUUCUGAUGUGGUAAAAUGAUUGGGAAUAAUCAAGUUGGUUGGAAAUAUGAUUCUGAAUUGCUGCAGAGAGCUCAUU